AUGGGCCUCUUCGAUGAAGACCCCGAUCCCAAUGCAGUCGAUCCCACACUUCCCACUGCCACUUCUGCUGCCAAAAGCCCAGCUCCGGGUCAAAGCCCCGAGAUUCGACGGAAUGCAAGUGACAUCGAAAUCCCCGCUAUCACCUGGGGCACCGCAGAGAAGCCUCCAGGCGCCCUUGCCGCUCACAUCAAGCGCCUCGACUACAGUGUAGCCCACUCAGGCGACAGUGGCCGGCUUACGUCCGAAGCCCUUGCAUUUAUGAGCCUGAUGCCGGCGCAACGUGAUCUCGUCCUUCGCCCGAACGUGUCAUGGAUGCGUGUCAUAUUAGAACGCACUCUUAACAGCAGGAUUGAGAACAUCGAGUCCGCGCUUCUGCAAGUUGUGGGCCUUCGUGCAGAGCACCCAUGUGUCCCCUGCCAGCGGGGUUAUGGCCCAUGGAGCUUAUGUGUGGUUCUAGAAGGCAAGCCAGACUUCACUGCAUGCGCUACAUGCCACUUUCGGGGAAACGACAGCAGGUGCACUCAUUACCAGCCACCCCCGGACAGAACAGAAAGCCCGCGCCAAGGGCAUACAGCAAGCCACCGAACCACCGAAAUCAACAUUAGCCGUAACAGAACCAGACGAGAGAUCGAAGUCCUACGUCAGGCCACUGGGGGCAACACGGCAGCCGACGAGACUCGCCAAAGAAUUGCAGUGGUAGCCGAGGGCUUAAAGCUUCAGUGUCAACAACUAUCCCAUAUUCGCGCCCACAUCGAGUUGCUUCAACAGCAUAACCGGGAGCUCCAGAGUUUGUGCCGCAACGUUCAACGGCUCCAGCGAGAGGAGGCCGUGGCUGCUGCUGCUGCUAUCUUCACCGACGCGCGCGGCCGCCAUAGCCGUGGCCACCGCCGUCGCUGA